AUUAUUUAAUUCUUUCACAGUUUCGUUUAAUAAAAAUGAAAGUUAUUCAUAUUAUAUCACUAAUUGUUGUGUUGUUUGCGACUUACAGCUCAGGACAAAGAUGUUUAGGCGGUCCAGUAACCUCCGUUUGUGCUGGUGUUCCGAAUAUAGGACAAACUGGAGCAAAUUGCGUUGCCCGUAUCUUAUGGUUUUACAAUACUGCUAUCAGACAAUGUCGUCGUAUGUUGUAUUUGGGUUGCGGUGGCAAUGAUAAUCGUUGGUGCAGCUAUAUAGACUGUAAACUUGGAUGUCGUCGUGGCCGACUUUAGUUCACAUCACUUUUUAUAUCAAUGGGCAUUUAAUUAAUUAAGGAAACAACCAAACCAAAAAACAAAAACAAUAUUGACAAACCAUAUGUUAAUAAAAGCCAAUAAAUAUCUGGUUGAUUCUUCACAAUUGUCGGAAGUUAAAAUUUGUGCCAGAAACAAUUAACAUUUCAAAUAAAAAUUAAUUUUAUUUGGUCGUUAAA